CCAAGCAGGAGCACUUGCUGGCUCUGAAAGGUCCUGUUUUCCACUGAUCUUUGCAGCACGGGGCAAGGAAAUUCUUGUUAAUAAGAUGUUUCAGUCUAGAUUUGAGAAUCCUAAUCCAGAGACUGUUCCUUUUCUUAAGAAUAACUGGAUUCCUACUGUACAAGCAUGGAAGUGGUCUUACACUAUCGACCACAUGAGAGGGAUCUAAUAAAACUGCAGAAAUUUGCAGAAGCAGCAGUGAAGGAGUUUCCUAUUCGUCAGUUACCAAGAUUUACACCCUGGUUUCCAAAUGAUUUAUACAGACUUCCCCUCAAACCAAAAAAGCGGCCACCUGUUAUUUCCUGCGAGGAAGCAGAAGAAUUGAAACAGCUUUCUACAGCUUCAGAAUAUGUUACAGGAUCUCCUGAUUAUGACUGCACAAAAAAUCUGCUUGAGUUUCAGUCUAACAUGAAACAUGGGCAAACUUUAAUCCAAGCACAAACUGUUCACAGACCAAUUAACUUGGAGAACCAAGGAGAACCACCACCUAAUGGAAAACAAAAGUUGAAAAGGUCUUGGAGUGUCUCUCUCCCUAGCUGUAAGCGUAAAGAAAAGAUUCUUCCUUUAUCUCAAGAACUGCAAAAUAAUUUGGAAAGGCUAAAACUGCAUGCAUUUUAUAGAGCGAAGUGGACAAUUGAACAGUCUAUUUGUAAUAAUCAGAAUUUGGAGGACAUCUGGAUAAAACUGAAUAGACUCAUCAAGCAGAAUGAAUUGCCAUCUUGCAAUGCUACUAUCCAAAGAUCUAUGGGACAGAUAUGGAUUUUCUGUGAUAUAUUAUACUGUGAAUAUGUUAGAAAUAUUCUUAGGGAGAAGCUAAGCCUUACUGAUAAAAUGAAUUUGCUUGUACAUAGAUUUGGAAUUAUAUUUAGUUUAUAAUUGUAAGAUAGUUUCAUAAUAAAAUUGCUGUCUGAAGUACUAGAGUUUUUAAGCAGCUUAGAAUAUACAAACUUUAGAACAACUGAUGA